AUGUUUAUUCUUGCUACAUUAUGUGUGUUCUCAGCCAUCUUUCUCUUGAUUUGUUUUUCAGUUUACUGGAAAUUGGUUCAUCAAGAUAAACAUGUCUACGAUAUACUUCGCAGUCAAGGCAUUCCUGGGGAAUUGUUUGUGCCUAUUAUAGAGCAGAUGCGUGAAAUUCGUCGUGCUCGUGAUAGUGAUGCUUUAUUUGAGUAUCAUGAAAAUCUUGCAAAAAAACAUGGUCUCGUUUUUCUCAUUGGCUACGGUCCAUUGAUGCGCCUGGUCGUUUUAGAACCAGACAUGUUGGCUGAUAUUCUUGGUCGCUCACAUGCUACACACUAUGCAAAACCAAUAGAUUUUACUACGGUUCUGAAACCCUUAAUCGGUUCCCACAACUUAUUAGUGAGCACGGGAUUAGAGCAUUAA